AUGGACUCUCCUCAGACAGACUGGAAUUCCAAUGAUGAAUUCUUCAAAUUCACACGUGGCCGCUUUCUGGUAGAGGAGGCAGAGAAUCUUCGCAAGCGAGAGAUCAGAUUCGACUUGAACAGACUUGCAAGAGUUGCAGCGGACUCCGUCGGUGCUGCUCAAUGUGUUUCAAUCACAAAGUAUCCCGACGGCAUGUUCAAUAAAGCAUUCCUUAUAACAAUGGACAACGGCCGAGAAGUCGUCGCCAAGGUGCCCAACCCGAAUGCUGGCAUCCCACACUUUACUACAGCCAGUGAAGUCGCCACAAUGGACUUUGCCAGGAAUAUUCUAGAUACUCCAGCACCUCAUGUCUACACAUGGAACUCACAAGCAGAAUCACACCCUGUCGGGGCUGAAUUCAUCAUCAUGCAGAAAGUAGAGGGUAUGCCACUGUCCCAAGUCUGGGAUAGAAUCUCUCUACCCCAGAAGCUCCAGGUGCUUCUUGCCAUGACCUGUCUCCAGAAGCAGUGGCUGAGCGUUUCAUUCUCACACUACGGCAGUCUAUAUUAUGCUGGCGAUGUGCAGCCAUCAGUAGACAGUCACUAUGUCAAACAUGAUACCAUCGUCAGAGAUCCAAAGCAGGGAUUGUUGAAUAUUGAAAGAGGGCCAUUAGGAACACGAGAGAUCAAGGCAAUCCAGUCCUUGAAACCCCCUAAACAGAUCGCCUUGUUCUGUGGUCCUAAGCUUUACCAGCCAAACACAGAGAACAAGAUCACGGCGUUGACAUGGUAUCAACAGAUUAUUGACUUCCUUAUCCCAACUGCCGUAGCCAUCACCAAACCAUAUCUAUGGCACAAUGAUCUACAUGACGAUAAUGUCUUUGUAGAUCCCCAGAACCCAGAGAGGAUCACAGGGAUCAUCGACUGGCAGUCUUGCCACAUCUCCCCCCUCUUCAACCAUAACCCUGACCCAGCCUUUCUCGACUUUGACGGCCUGGAGCCUGAGAGACGCUUGAUCUGGCGCCACGGCCGAGACCGGUUUGCAGCUGUACAGGAAUAUACUCUACAGAACAUAUUGGUUGGAUGGCGGAAACUCAUGCAUGCUAAGAACGCAAACCUAUACCGUGUAGUCGAGUUCCGCAAGACGGCGGCGUACGGGCUGAUUUUCCUUGCCCACCGGAUGUUCGAGUACGGCGAGGCGCAUUUCCAAUCGCUGCUGGUCGAUCUGGAGCAUACAUGGAAGGAUUCACCUGCCGUCGCCAGCGAGGUUCCAUUCCCGAUUCAAUUCAUUGAGCAGGAGAGAUAUGCUGAAUGUAAGGCUGUCCUUGCACAGGUCAAGAGUCAGAUGUUGGCCCAAUUGGCUGCAACGGAGGAGGAGAGGCUCGAGUAUGAGCGGUACUGGCCAUUUGAUCCAUAG